AGUGAAAUAUUAUUUAAAGACAGUUUAUAUCUUGUGUUCUCAUUUUCCUUUGCAUACCUGUGGUCAGGUUGCUGGGGCUGGUCAAUUUUUCAGUUCUCAUCUCUGUGGAUGGUAAUCGGGUGCAUUACUACUUGCUACAAUUUAUUGAGCAAUAAAACUGUCCAAAGGCAGCGAAAGGCUAGAACUACUGACAAAUCAGAUUCUCAGUAGGGUGCGGCAGACAACACCUAGUGUUCCAUAGAACACCUGGCAGUCUUUCACUUUUUUCCUGACGGACACAUUUAAAGCUUCUUGCACAUUGUGUGGCUCAGAGUGAGGGCUUAAAACAUUCAAUUUGCUGCUCUUCCAUUAAAAGAAUGAAAAACAAGGAGUUGAAAAUUUAUGGCAGUUCUGCAUACCUACACUUUCCUGGAUGGGGCUGUAUCAGCUAGAUGCACCUUUGUUUUCCUUGGGCCUGGCACAGCACUUGGGAGCAGUUAUAAUGGGUGUUCAGUAAUUGUUCACUUGAGUGGAACUGUGUUCAGAUAUGUUCUAAUUCAUUCUUCUAUCUGGAUAAAUAUAUGUGUUUAUAUAUAUUUAAGGAGAAAUUAGGCUUAUUUUGCUUACAUUGUUAUUUAUCAUAUUUUCAGACAGGGAUUAGAAAAUAUAUUCUAAGCAUGCAAACUGGUAGCCUUGCAAAUGGCUAGACUGGCUGUUUCCUUUCAUAGCCGAGAUUGUGUGAGUAUGGCUAAAUAAAAAUCCCACCCUUAAUAACAGCAAAUGUGAUUUUGUUGUGUGCAGCCUUAAGGCGAGAUUAUGCAGUUCUCCCCAUGGAUGGAGAUUUUACACACGAUAGAGCAGGCUGGCACGUUCACGUAGGUUACAACUGGAAUGAUUUCCUUGCUUUAAAAACAUAUUUUUUAUCUGCUUCGUAGAUUCAUUGUUUGACAAAAAUUUCUUCUUAAGUAACUGGAAAAAACAACAACGUAGUGGAUACUGUAGAUUGUGAAAUGAAGGGGAAGCUUAGCUUUACUGUGGAGUCUGAGUCUGGGUGUAACCUAACUAGCUAGAGGAUAUGCAAUUCCUGAUUGACAGCAGGACCAGCAUUAUGCAGAUUUUGUAAGAGAGAGGAGCAGCUCAGAAACAGUGAUUAGGGCCCUGCUCAGUUAGGAGUCACUACACCACCACUCCUAUCUUUAGUUAGUCAUUUUCCUGUCUACUGGAUUUGUAAACAAAUAGGACUAAACAGUUCCUCUUUUGUUAUUAAAGUCAUACUGCAGUGCAGAUUCAGCCUAUCAGCUGGGCAUACACGUGUGGAAAUCUGAUCUCACCAAAUUAGCUGAUUUUUAGCUGGGUUCCACGCUUAUCUCUAGACCUUUGUGUAUUAAAUUCCAUCUCGAGCUGUUCUCUUUAUACACAAGUGUGUUUUGCUUGUGCCUUCCUGUCUGUUUCAGUGAGAAGCUUUAUGUAGGUCAGGCUUGGCUUAAGCAGAUUUCCUGAACCUGCGUCAGCUUAAGCUGGAGGAAUUUUAAUAAACCCUCCCCUGUAGGCGUGGGCCUAAAUGAGGCUAGCCUAGUUAAGCCUGAUCUUUUUCCGCUGGUGAAAAGAGCUGAGCAGAGCUGAGGGCUGCAUGGUGGUUUCAGACACUGCCUCCUUAAUUUGAAAAGAACAAUGGUAGGAAAGGCUAGAUCUUCCAAUUUUACCUUAUCUGAAAAGCUUGAUUUGCUAAAGCUUGUGAAGCCAUAUGUGAAAAUUCUCGAGGAACACACUAACAAGCAUUCAGUGAUAGUGGAAAAGAAUAGAUGUUGGGAUAUCAUAGCAGUUAACUAUAAUGCAACUGGAGUAGACCGCCCUCCUCGAACAGCGCAGGGCCUGCGCACCCUUUACAAAAGGCUCAAAGAAUACGCCAAACAGGAGCUGUUGCAGCAGAAAGAUACCCAGUCAGAUUUUAAAGGCAGUAUUUCUGAGCCAACCAAGAAAGUUAUGGAGAUGAUUCCCCAGAUUUCCAGUUUUUGCCUGGUCAGAGACAGGAACCACACACAAAGCGCCGGCUGGGGCGAGGAAGCGGAGGCUGGCACCAGCUCCCUGCAGGUAAUGUUGGACCGCCACCCGGUUGCUAAUACCGUGGAGGUGAAGCAAGAAGACGAGGUGAAGCAAGAAGACGACGUGAAGCCGCCACCUCCACUAGUUUUAAGUUCUGAACAGAGUUAUGCUCUUGAGCAAAGAGAAGAACACGUGCUAGGCCAUGCUUUGGAAAGUUCCGUGUCGCCGUCCCUGUCCUCUGUUGAUAUGAGUAUGACUUUGUCUCCAUCUUCCCUCCCGAGGAGAGAGGAUUUUUUUCACCAUGAGAGUGGGGGACACUUUAGGUCACAGUUAGGAUGUGAUCCUCAGAUUCUGCAAAUGCUGAAAGAGGAGCAUCAGAUAAUUUUAGAAAAUCAAAAAAAUUUUGGAUUAUAUGUUCAGGAGAAGAGGGAUGGAUUGAAAAGAAGGCAGCAGCUAGAAGAGGAGCUGCUACAAGCAAAAAUUGAAGUGGAGAAGCUGAAAGCAGUUCGCUUACGGCACGAUCUGCCUGAAUAUAAUAGUUUCUAA